AUGUCUCCGCCACCUAGGAAAAAACUUCGCACCAUCCCCCGGGUAGCAUCGCCUGCACCAUCGUCGACGACGACUGGAUAUCAAGAGGUCGCCGUUGACAAACUUCCCAACGAGCUUCUAGACUAUAUAUUCAAAUUCGUUGUGAAUACGGACGACGAGACAUGGGGGGAGAAUCGGGGAUUGGGGCGUCGCGCUUUAAUCACCCUCUUUCGAGCGUCGUCGGUUUGCAAGCGGUGGCGGACCCUUCUCCAUGGACCGUCCAUCUGGGGUCGUGUCGUCGAUCUCGAUUGCAUGGCGCAAAGGAAAGGUGAUUUCAGGAGGUUGGUGAUGAAGAGAACAAGAGGUGCGAAAGACCUCUAUGUGAAGGGUGACAUUUCCCAUGAAGAUCCCCUUGUCCUCUUCCUUCGAACAUGGACCGAGCCAGAGCACUAUAAUGGAGACCACUGGCAGCGGAUGCGGCGACUCGACCUCACAAUCCGUGAUGCCGACAUUCUCGACGAACUUUACGCACUUUUUGCCACUACCCCGCCUCGCAACCUUCAGUCCCUCCGAUUCAUCUUUCAGAAAGACGGAGACGAAGGAGGCCACCCACCCAUUACGUUCAACACCUACAUACCAUCCCUACUGCACCUCGACACCAACGCUCUCUAUCUCCCUCACCAGGCAGCGAUCCUAUCAACACUCCAGUCGCUCUCCAUAUCCUUCAGCGACCAGCCCCAGGUCCCCUACACCCUCGUCGACUUCGCCGCAGUGCUAUCGCAGAUGACUAAACUCGAGUCGCUGAAUAUUUGUGACGCUUUUCUCCCGGCCCGCCCACCCCCGUCAAAUUCGUUACCCACUAUCUACCUUCCUCGUCUGCGCAAAGUAAGAAUCACCAACGACUACGAGUGUUUCGCUCUUCUCAAGGCUAUUACUCCUCACCCCGAAUGUUCCAUUAACAUCCAUAUCACCGAAAGCCUCGACGACAACAUCAUGGUCCUCCAGAGCACCCUCUCGCGAUACGCCGGGGAAUUCGCGAAGGUUAGAACCGUGGAUACAAUUCAAGUCGAGUUGGCCGAGUACAGCAUCGUCGUACGUCUAGCGGCAGCGCCGAGCGAACACAGAGAGCGGACUCCCAGUUUCUCGUUCAACGCGAAGCUCACAUCGCGCAUCCAUGCUCUCGACAUCCUCCUGGGCGUGUUCGAUGCUUGCGAUCUUCGCUGCGUCACCACCUUGGAGCUCGAUCUCCUGACAAGGAUGAUGAGGACACGUCCGGCCAUCCCUUCGCCCGAAAUAAGACACCUCAUCUCUCGCCUUUCCGGCGUACAAACACUCGUGACGAACAUGCGAACAGUCAAACUCCUCGACGGCCUAACCACACCGCAGUGCAUCUUCCCCUCUCUCCAAACCCUCAGGCUUACCUCGCUCAUUAUCUCCUAUGGCGACGAAAGAUUCAUCAACGAUGGAAAUCCGGCAAGACUGAGGGUCGAUGCAAAGCUUCUCAUGGAUUUCCUGUCGAGACGAGCAGGGACGGUACACAAGUUGGAUCUCAUGCAAUGUGCGCUCGAGGACAGCGUCCGCUUCCUCGAUUCACCACCCUUCAGGCAUCUGAAAGUGCUGUGGAAGAAUGGCGAUGGGCGCCGGAAAGAAUAUACUUGCGGUGAUGGUACACUAACGAACUUGGACUUUGGGCAUCUUUACGAGGAGUAA